AUGGCUGCACCAGCCGUGGAUCCCAAUGAGGCGUAUCGCCAAACACAAUUUCAGAUCUACAAUUUGCAACAAACGCUUUUGAACUCGUCCAAGGCGGCAGAAUCUGAAGUUGCAGGGCCAACGGCCCACAAAAGGCCAGAAAUAGCCAAUGGUCGUGAUGACGCCAGAACCAAUAACAGACCCUUUCACGAUCCCGCACAAAUUGAUUCCAAGCCGGUAUUGGAAUUAGUUGCUGACAAGUUUGGAAAUCACCAUAGACGAAUUGGUAUAUAUCGUUACAAUCCGUGGAAAACGGGGCAUCUGGCGGACUCUAAGAGACCGGAUACAAACCAAGAACCACUAGACGAAACUCAGUAUGCUAUGCCCCGUCCGUUUUUGCCGGCUUUUGGGUUCUCCGACAUCAACGCACUAGUGACGGUAGAGGUGCGUCACGAAGACAUAGUCGGUGCCUUGCAGAAACCCUCGCUAAAUGUCCGCGUAGCCAAUAAUGAGCUAUGGGGGACUCAGAUUUAUACAGACGAUUCCGACUUGUUGCUGGCCCUCAUACAUUGCCAUGUUUUGCGCUAUGGAAGUGACGACAUCACCGAAGGGAUUCUACGGACGCCCGCGAACUUGAGCAAUCCAGACAAUGUCACUGGUACUUUGCCACCAAGCUCUAUUGCUUACGAUUUGAAAGUUGAUCUGUUGCUGCUACCACCUCUCAAAAAGUAUUCGUCUACAAGCAGUAAUAGCGUUAGAUCCCGUUCCUGGGCUACUGGACACGACGGCUUAAGCUUUGGGAUAUAUGCAGUGGAAAUUACAGCUAGAGACCAUUCAUUACAAAGCAUCGAACCUCAGGAUGAAAUAAAAUCAGUUCAGUGGUGA